AUGAACGCGGUGGCGGAGGAGGAGAGGGCGGCGGAGCUGGCCGGCCCGCUCCGCGACCUCCUCCCGCCGGUGGACUUCUGCUGCGCGUACGGCUCCACGCUCUUACACGCGCGCCCCGACGGGACGUCCAUGGUCGAUUACAUCCUCGGCGUCGCUGACCCCCUCCAGUGGCACUCCGAGAACCUGGAAAGGAACCCCGCGCACUACUCCCGCUGGAUGUCAAGCUUCGGUGCAGGAGCCAUUACUGGGCUGGCGGAUCGUGUUGGGGUCGGGGUGUAUUUCAACCCGUUUGUGGAGUGGAGAGGCAAGAGGAUAAAGUAUGGGGUGGUGAGGAUGAGGGACCUGGCGAUGGAUGUCUUGACCUGGGACAGGUUCUACCUCAGUGGCCGGCUGCAGAAACCGGUUCAUGUUCUUGUUGACAACUGGGAUAUAAGGAAGGUCAACUCAAUUAACCUAGAAAUGGCAACUUCAGCUUCUCUACUCCUUUUGCCAGAAGAGUUCGCUGAGUACGACCUAUACGCUCAAAUUUGCAGUCUAUCAUAUAUGGGUGAUUUGAGAAUGCUGUUUGCAGAAGACAAAGAUAAGGUGAAGAAGAUUGUUGAGGGUAGUUUUCAGUCAUUUCAAUUGAUGUACAGACCCCUCUUGCAAGAGUAUAUUGCUGAAGGGCUAUUGAAGACAUCAUCCCAUGGACAGUAUAAGACUUUCCGGCAGGAUUGUGGUCCAUCUACAACAAAUGAACUGUUCUCUGUUCUUCCGUGGACGAUCCAAAGGCAAAUGCAAGGAAGACACACAUUGCAUGGAAAAGAAAUACCACCACGCACCAUAGCUUCUUCAAAGGACAUGGCAGCAAACUGUGUACGGAGGGCCCUGAGGCGCCGAGUAAUGGUUUCAAGUGUGCGGCAAGCAGUGUCUGGUCUGCUCGCCUCUGGUGGUGCAGUUGCUGCUCAAUACCUCGCGAAGAAGAUGGCUAAGGCCUGGCAAUCUAGAGUGGCUUAA